GUUAAUUACUAUGAGCUUCAAACUUAUCGACAGCUCAAAUCCAGUCCAGGAGGAAAACGUUCAUAAAUUCGAAAUACCAAAAGAGUUCUGCAAACCUACUGGUACUUCUGGAAUUGCCGAUUCAGCUGGUAAUUCCGUCAUGUUCUUGAGUUUGCUCAGUGUAUUCAGCAAGAACUGGGCUAUUGCUAUUCCAACUAUCGUAUCCUCUGCUAUUUGCUACACUAACUACAGUCCAUUGAAGUGUUCGGACGCCACAUCACCACUCACUUCGCUCAUUAUGGGUACCGGUGCAGUAACAGCCUCUUACCUCCCACUUAUCAUGCGUCCUCAAAACUCAUGA